GAGGAGUGUAAAUAAUGAUAUUGUGAAAAAGAAAAAAUGAUGUACCCGAAACUCUUCCUUCUUCUUCCACCGCAAAUAUAGAUGAGAAAGAAGGAAAUUCCAGAAUGGAAGAUUCAUCAUUUUGAUUUUUGUUACAGCUUGGAAUAGCACCAUACAGCACAAAAUGCUUCAGAUUAUAGAUUGGAAGUUCAUCAUUUUGCUUUUAUCAAUGUGCACUGAGCAUGACUCAUUUUGGACUGGUUGUAGACUUCAUUUCUUUGUAGUCUCUUUGGAGAUUGAAAUGAUCGGUACUUGGUUCUGGGAUCGGCUCAAAUUUAUAAGGGACUAGGCAUCAGUUUUAAGGGUAAUAAUUGCAAGUUUAUGAUUGUAAAAUUGCCGUUUCUGGUACUUAAUGCCUGGUUUGCAAUCAUUGCAUAGAAAUGGAGUGAGUUUGGUAUAUUUUUGGAUAUGCUGUGGCUGAAGUGUUUUAGAGGUUGUUAUCAACUUCUGCAUGCUAGUAGAGCUCUUUACAUGUGAUUGAUUGACUAAUUUGAAGGCCAUGACUUCAGGGGAACGGUUGACAAACAACUCAUCUUGUUCAUGUCUUCUGUUAUUGGCCUUCUUAAGCAAUCUAACCUUAAUCAUAAUAUCUGUUUAUAGCUUUUCCUAUUAAAGAAUUGAGUUCUCAAAUAUUAAAAGUUCUUAUAAACUGCUGUAGCAAGUCAAACUGGUGGUACACCAGUACACUGUAUCCAAAGUUCUGCACCCUAAUAUUCACCUAGUCGGUGACCUGGUUUAAUGAAAAUGUCACCAUUUUUCUUUAAUAGUUUAUAAAAUCUUUGACUUUUAUGAUUAAAUUAAAUUAACUAUUUUAUCUUAAACUAGAUGAGGUUGCUUUUGUUCUAAAACAUGAAUGAUUCAAAGUUUUAGUUUUAGAAAGCAUUGGACAACUGGUAUUAUUUUAUCAAAUUAUGUGAGGCAAUUGCCUAAGGAAAAUUUGAAUAUAGGAAUAAGUUGAUUUAAUGUAAUCAUAUAGAGAGGGAACGCAAAAUAUUAAUAAAUGGUGAAAUGUUUCUCCAAUCUUUUACUGUGAAUCUGAUAUAAUUAAAUAAAAAAAAAACAUUAUAUUUCAAAUGGUAGCAAUCUUCAGAACCCUUCCUUGUGACUGACUUUAAGAAGUAUCUAUCAAUUCUUAAUAAAUAACGAACGGUGGCCGUUUAUCUAUCAUAGUGUAACUAUUGAAGAUAUACUGUUCAUCUCCCAAAUGGAUUUCAGCUACUGUGCAUAUUUGGUCUCUGUAUUGUUCAUUUUGUGUUGCUAUUUGUUACAAGUUAGUGUUGGUAUAGAUACCAUCACAUCAUCUCAAUUCAUCAAGGACCCUGAAACACUAAUAUCCAACGAUGGUAACUUCACCUUUGGAUUCUUUAGCCCAAUAAAUUCUACAAAUCGCUACGUUGGAAUUUGGUGGAAAUCUCAAUCUACAAUCAUAUGGGUAGCAAACAGAAAUCAACCACUGAAUGAUUCUAAUGGGAUUGUCACAAUAUCUGAAGAUGGAAAUCUUGUGGUAUUAAAUGAACAGAAUCGAGUCAUUUGGUCAUCAAAUGUUUCCAACAUAGCAUCCAAUACUAGUUGUCAGUUUUCAGACUUUGGUAACCUUGUCCUUUUGGAGAGCACAACUGGAAACAUCUUAUGGCAGAGUAUUCAGCAACCUUCGGAUACAUUAUUGCCUGGCAUGAAACUUUCAAUCAACACAAGAACAGGUAAGAGUGUAAAACUCAAAUCAUGGAAAAGCCCUUCUGGCCCAUCUGUUGGAAACUUCUCUUGUGGUACUGUUGAACACCUACAUAUAAUUGAAGUGUUCAUUUGGAAUAAUACUCUUCCAUAUUGGCGCAGUGGUCCUUGGAAUGGCGGGGUCUUCACUGGGAUACAGACAAUGACAGUGGCAUAUUUUUUUGGUUUUCGAGGGGGUGAUGAUGGAGAAGGGAAUACUAACAUAUAUUAUACAAUACAAAAUGAUGAGGAAUUUUUUAUCUAUCACCUGAAUUCGCAAGGAAAAUUAGAAGAAACAUGGUGGGAUGAUGAAAAGAAAGAAAAGCUAGUUACAUGGACAAGCAGAGAAUCAGAGUGUGAUGUUUAUGGUAUAUGUGGGGCAUUUGCAAGCUGUAAUUCAUUGAGCUCACCAAUAUGUAGCUGUUUGAGAGGAUUUGAACCCCGAAAUAUUCAAGAAUGGAAUAUACAUAUCUGGACCGGUGGGUGUGUUAGGAGGACACCUUUGCAGUGUGAAAGGGUCAACAAUAAAACCAAAAGUACAAAGGAAGAUGGGUAUUUGAAACUUCGGAUGGUUAAAGUUCCAGAUUUUGCUGAAGGUUUAGCUGUUACACCAGAUAUAUGCAGAAGCCUAUGUUUGGAGAAUUGCUCUUGCCUUGCAUAUUCUCAUGAGGCUGUGAUUGGCUGUAUGACUUGGACUGGGAAUCUACUUGACAUACAACAACUCGAAAGUGGAGGACUUGAUCUAUAUGUUCGCGUAGCAUAUGCAGAACUUGAUCGAGGGAGAAACAAGACAAUCAUCAUUGUAAGCACAGUGAUUAUUGGAACUCUCAUAGUUGUCAUUUUUGCAUAUAUAAUCUGGAGAAGGACAUCAAACCACCCAGCUAAACUGUGGCUUUUUACUAAAUCAGCAAGGAAAAAGAACAACCAAGCUUUCCAACGUUUUAAAAAAGGUGGAUCACCAGAAGGAUAUGCUAGUGACAAUGUAUUUGGAGAAAUGUCCCAAGUUAAACUACAAGAGCUAUUAAUAUUUGAUUUUGAAAAGCUCGCAACUGCCACAAACAACUUCCACUUAUCCAACAAACUUGGACAGGGUGGUUUUGGUCCUGUAUACAAGGGGAAACUACAAGAUGGUCGGGAAAUAGCUGUUAAAAGACUAUCUAGAGCAUCUGGACAAGGGCUGGAGGAAUUCAUGAAUGAAGUUGUGGUGAUUUGUAAGCUUCAACACCGCAAUCUUGUAAGACUUCUUGGUUGCUGUAUUGAAGGUGAUGAAAAGAUGUUGAUGUAUGAGUACAUGCCAAACAAAAGUUUGGAUGCAUUCAUCUUUGAUCCAUCAAAAAAUAAACUCCUAGACUGGAGGACACGGUGUAGCAUAAUAGAUGGAAUUGCUCGAGGAUUGCUAUAUCUUCACAGAGAUUCUAGACUAAGAAUUAUUCACAGAGAUUUGAAGGCAAGUAAUAUUUUGUUAGACGACGAGCUGAAUCCGAAAAUAUCAGACUUUGGUAUGGCUAGAAUCUUUGGUGGGGGAGAAGAUCAGGCCAAUACUAACAGGAUUGUUGGAACUUAUGGCUAUAUGUCUCCUGAAUAUGCAAUGCAAGGAUUAUUUUCAGAGAAGUCAGAUGUUUUUAGCUUUGGUGUUUUGAUACUAGAGAUUGUUACCGGGAGAAGGAACUCAAGUUUUUAUGACAAUGACCAUGCUCCGAGCCUUUUAGGAUCUGUGUGGAUAAAAUGGAGGGAUGACAAUAUUUUAUCUCUCAUAGAUGAAGGAAUAUAUGAUCCUAGUCAUCAUAAUUACAUUUUAAGGUACAUACGUAUAGGACUUUUGUGCACACAAGAACUUGCUGUAGAUAGGCCCACUAUGGCUGCAGUAAUUUCUAUGCUUAACAGUGAAACUGCAUUACUUCCAUCUCCUAGUAAGCCUGCAUUUAUCCUGAUGAAGAAUAUGUUGAAUCCAAAUGGGCCUGAAGAAUGUCAAAGUGGUAGUUCUAUCAAUAAUAUCAGUAUUACAGAUAUCUAUGGCAGAUACAAGUCAGACUGGCUUAUGUAUCAUAGUCUAACUGUUGAUCAUAUAAUGGGUUUCAGCUGCUGUUCAAAUCUGUUCUUUGUUUGGUUCAUUCUGUUUUUCUAUUUUUUACAAGUUUGUAUUUCUAUAGACACCAUCACAUCAUCUCAAUUUAUCAAGGACCCUGAUACUCUACUCUCCAAAGAUAGUAACUAUGCCUUGGGAUUCUUUAGCCCUGAAAAUUCUACAAAUCGCUACGUUGGAAUUUGGUGGAAGUCUAAAUCCACAAACAUAUGGGUGGCAAACAGAAACCAACCACUGAAUGAUUCUAAUGGGAUUGUCACAAUAUCUGAAGAUGGUAAUCUAGUGGUGUUAAAUGGACAGAAACAAGUCAUGUGGUCAUCGAAUGUAUCCAGUAUAGCAUCCAAUACAACGUCCAAGUUUUCAGACAAUGGUAACCUUGUCCUUUUGGAGAGCACAACUGGAAACAUCUUAUGGCAGAGUAUUCAGCAACCUUCGGAUACGUUACUGCCUGGGAUGAAACUAUCAAUCAACAAAAGAACAGGUAAGAGUGUCAAACUUAAAUCAUGGAAAAGCCCUUCUGAUCCAUCUGAUGGGAGUUUCUCUUCUAGUAUUGUUGAACGCCGAAAUAUACUUGAAGUGUUUAUUUGGAAUGAAACUCGACCAUACUGGCGCAGUGGUCCUUGGAAUGGUGGGGUCUUUACAGGGAUAGAUACUAUGGUGGCUGCAUAUUAUAACGGUUUUCAAGGUGGAGAUGAUGGAGAAGGGAAUAUUAAUAUAUAUUAUACAAUCCCAGAUGGUAAGGUUUUCUUGUUCUAUAACCUCAAUUCACAAGGAAUUUUAGAUGAAAAAUCGUGGGAUGAGGAGAAGAAAGAAGUGCAAGUUACAUGGACUAGCCGAAAGUCGGAGUGUGAUGUUUAUGGUAUAUGUGGGGCAUUUGCAAGAUGCAGUUCAUUGAGCACACCAAUAUGCAGUUGUUUGAAAGGAUUUGAACCCUUGAGCAUUCAAGAAUGGAAUAGAAACAACUGGACUGGUGGGUGUGUUAGGAGGACACCUUUGCAGUGUGAAAGGGUCAUCAACAAAACAACAACUACAAAGAAAGAUGGGUUUUUGAAAUUGCACGCGGUUAAAGUUCCAGAUUUUGGCGAAGGUUUAGCUGUUACGCCAGAUAUUUGCCGAAGCUUGUGCUUGGAGAAUUGUUCUUGCACUGCAUAUUCUAACGAUGCUGGGAUCGGCUGUAUGUCUUGGACAGGGAAUUUAAUUGACAUAGAACAGCUCCAAAUUGGAGGACUUGAUCUAUAUUUUCGCGUUUCCCACGCAGAGCUUGAUAGCGGGGGAAACCAAACAAUCAUCAUUACAAUUUCAGUGAUAAUAGGAACUCUCGCAAUUUCCAUUUGUGCAUAUAUCAUGUGGAGAAAGAACUCAGCUAAAUUGUGGCACUCUAUCAAAUCAACAAGGAUAACAAACAACAAUGCUUUUCGACUAUUUUAUAAAGGUGGAACAUCAGAAGUUCAUACUUGUGACAAUGUAAAUGGAGAACUAUCCCAAGUUAAACUACAUGAGCUAUUACUAUUUGAUUUUGAAAAGCUUGCAACCGCCACAAACAACUUCCACUUGUCCAACAAACUUGGACAGGGUGGUUUUGGUCCAGUAUACAAGGGAAAACUGCAAGAUGGUCAAGAAAUUGCAGUUAAAAGACUUUCUAGAGCAUCUGGCCAAGGGCUUGAAGAAUUCACGAAUGAAGUUGUAGUCCUUUGUAAGCUUCAACACCGUAAUCUUGUAAGACUUCUUGGCUGCUGUGUUGACGGUGAUGAAAAGAUGUUGAUGUAUGAGUACAUGCCAAACAAAAGUUUGGAUGCAUUUAUAUUUGAUCCAUCAAAAAAUAAACUUCUAGAUUGGGGAACACGGUAUAAAAUUAUAGAUGGAAUAGCUCGAGGAUUGUUGUAUCUUCACAGAGAUUCGAGACUAAGAAUUAUACACAGAGAUUUGAAGGUAAGUAAUAUCUUGUUAGACGAUGAGCUGAAUCCAAAAAUAUCUGACUUUGGUAUGGCUAGGAUCUUUGGAGGGAGAGAAGAUCAUGCAAAUACUAAUAGGGUUGUCGGAACUUAUGGCUAUAUGUCUCCCGAAUACGCAAUGCAAGGACAUUUUUCAGAGAAAUCAGACGUUUUUAGCUUUGGUGUUUUGAUACUAGAAAUCAUUACUGGUAGAAGGAACUCAAGCUGUUGUGACAAUGAGCAUGCUCUGACUCUUUUAGGAUUUGUCUGGAUUCAAUGGAAGGAAGACAAUGUUUUAUCGUUCAUAGAACCAGAAAUAUACGAUCAUAGUCAUCAUAAGAAUAUUUUGAGAUGCAUACAUAUAGGACUUUUAUGUGUACAAGAAUCAGCCGUAGACAGGCCUACAAUGGCAACAGUAAUUUCGAUGCUUAACAGUGAGGUUGCAUCUCUUCCUCCUCCAAAUGAACCUGCAUUCAUCUUGAGGCAGAAUAUGUUGAAUCCAAAGUCACCCGAAGAAAAUGAAAGUAUUAACAAUGUUAGCAUUACAGAGGUAUAUGGUAGAUAGCAUAAUUUGUGAGAUAAGAAAACUCUGCUGUAAUGGAAGACAUUCAUAUGACUCUUUAUGUGUGCAAAGAUUCAAAGAUUUCACAAAAUGCUCCAUCCCUAAUGUUGCAUGCUGUUACUAAUAUCUAGAAUAGAUGCUCCAUCCAGAAUUAAUUUAUUCAAGAGUUUCUGUUUCAAAAAAAAUUUAUUCAAGAG